AAAAAACUUUACGUAUCGCUACCGCGGAGAUUGACUGACCAAAUCCUCGCGAUAGUGGUCGAGGUAUCCUGGCCACCAAAGUCUCCCCGGGAGGCGCUGCUAAGCUCCCCAAGCGGUCGGAGAAAAUAUGAGGACAUGCAACGACGCCGAGAGAAUUUCAGGUCACCUUUAAGACGUUCCACCACUACCCCGGACUUCCAAUCAAAAUCGGAACAGCUCUUGAGUGAUGGCGUGGAGGGUGAGGACGAAGAUGAGGACGAAGAAACGCUGAGAUUGAAGUUAGCGGCCAUUGAGGCGCGCCUGAAAUUGAAGCAGCUCCAAAAGAACCGCGGGAAAUCAAGCACGCCGGGAUCAAGCACACACAACAGAGAUGAUGCGCUACCCCGACCAGGGUCCGCCGUUAGUGCUUCGUCGCGGGCUCAGGACCCCAUAUCAAGGACUACGGGUGUGAGAGAACUGACUACUAGGCUAGAGCUUGAUGAAGUACAAGUGCCAUUAUCACCUACACGGCGUCCGGCCGCUGCAGCUCCACCUGCCUCUCCGCGAAGGUAUAUACUCGGAAUUGACAAGGGCCUCAAGGGCAAUGAAGUCUCUCUCAAGCGGCCACCAAGCGCAAAGGCUACCGGUCGGCCAACAAGUGGAGGCGGUGUUCGAGACGGCAUAACGAUGCAUUCCCACAACGCUUUAACGCAGGCGGUAGCAGGAGAAGGAGGAAACCGUCCCAAGAGCUUCAGUGAGCGAAUGGCCGAGAGCAGAGCUGCUGAAAAGCUUCGGAGGGAGCGGGCAGAGAGGGCAGAGAGGAUACAGGUCAACAGGAGCUCGGCGUUCCAAUUCGAUAAGUCCGAGGUGGACGCCUUCAAGGCAGCAGCCGAGGCAAGGAAACAAUCUCCUACGAGAUCACCAACAAGAAACCGACAGACUGAAAGCUUCAGCCGAGACGACAUCCUACGGUCAUAUAAUAACCUCAAGCCUUCGGCGCUAAAAAGAAGUCAGACUACCCCCAGUAUGCGGAGGAAUCUGGAUCAGGACGAGCACAAAUCAUACCUUCAUAGGCGAAACCAGAAGUCUGAAUCGGAAACACAGGCAGGGCAGUCUGGAAGCUUUGAAAAUAUCGGUCCGGAUGGAUCUGGUGAAGGAGGCGCACUAGACAAGGUUCCUGACUCUUCGAAAUUCGAAGCUUUCUCCUCGCUUCACCUUUCUAACCGCAUCCUACCCCAUUCCUUUUUAACCCGUACUUUUGCCGGAAAGAAGGUCCUCCAAAUACCUGAUCUCUUGAGAAUGGUGAAGGGGCCUAGCUUUGAGCUUCCUGAAAGUAUCGACGGGGACUAUGUUGUUUUUGGGAUAGUAGCAUCGAAAUCCGAGCCUAAACAGAAAAAAGACUCGACAAAUGUAUCUCCAAAAGAAGGUGAUCCCUUUGAUGAAGGGCUGAACAACAACAGCAGAUACAUGGUUAUGACCCUGACUGAUUUGAAAUGGACCAUUGACCUUUUCCUUUUUGAUACCGCCCUCCCACGUUAUUACAGACUAUCAGAAGGCAUUCUCGUGGCGAUUUUGAAUCCAACGAUCAUGCCCCCACCCAAGAACAAGCUGGACACCAACAAAUUCAGCCUCGCAAUCUCUUCCUCUGACGAUAAGGUCCUUGAGAUCGGCUAUGCGCAGGACAUUGGUUUCUGUAAGGCUGUCAGGAAGGAUGGGAAAACUUGCCAGUCUUGGGUUGACGGCCGUAAAACUGAGUUUUGUGACUUCCACGUUGAUAUCCAAGUCCGCCGCACACAAUCUCAAAGAAUGGGAGUAAACACUGGGACAGGCAUGUUCGGUCCAGGUGGACGAUCCGGCCAACGAACAGGCUUCUUCGGAGGAGAGAAAAAGGGAGGUUUUCGAAACGGGCUGAAAAAGAGCGGCGCCCAGUACGAUUUUGGAUCGCAGUCUGUUUACUAUGUUGCUUCCGCCCCCAAGCCUCGCGCUAGUAAUAGCUCUUUCCUUAUGCCAGGCGGUCAGUCUGCAGCUAGACUGAUUGAUGCCGAUAACGAAGAUCCAUUCAUCGCUGCAGGCAGGAUGGGGCGUGGGAUGGAGAAUAAGGACGAACGAUUCCGCAGACGUCUUGUGGAGCAGCAACGUGAGCGUGAUAUUGCUCAAAAGCUCAUCUCGUCUCGGAAAGGCGGAAUGGGUGCCGAAUAUCUUCGAGCCCGACAUUCUGAGAACAUCCCGUCCUCUCGUCCAGAGAACAGUGGCACACCGGGCAAGGCAAAUCCAAACGCGGAGACGCCAUCAACGAAUACCAAUGGUCUUCUGGGUUUUAGGAAAGCAGACUCGGUGAAAUUGGGUCCACUGAAGCGCGCCCACGAUGGGACACACGGCAGUAGCGUGAAAAAGACUCGGUUUAUCACCGCCAAAGGAAUCAAGGAAGCUGGAAGAGAUAGCCUUGGAAUGUCCGAAGCCAAGACGGGUUUCAAUGAUGACGAUGGUGACGAACUAGAUAUUAUUUAAGAUACCCAAGUCUUUGGUGUUGCUACAGACGUCCUCUUGGCCCCUACAUUGUGGUUCACUUUCUCUCGGAACGUUUUGCAACCCUUGAUAUGGUUGUUUGGAUAACGACUACAAAGAUGUCCAUAGAUCCAAAAGAAACAGAUAUCCACCGGCACGUUUUGACGAACGCUAAUGUCCUCAAUAGAGGGCCUUGGAGUUGUGGAGUUCAUUCGCUUCAUAGUUUUCUUCUCAUCACCUUUUUUUUACAUCAACCUUGUAUGUAUGUAUUAUUCUACUUGUACCCUCAUCGUCAGUCUCUCCUGACCGCCUUCUUUGCACCUCUUACUUCUAGCAGGCUAGUGAGUACCGUGUUACGAUUUAUGAUUCAUUCUUUCUUUCAAGUGUAGAUCAUUUAAAAGCACACUUCCGCUUUCAUUUCCUUAUUGACUUUCCCUGCGUUGAC